GACGUUUGCUGUGUGCGCCACUCCUUAUUCAAAAUUGAGGUCUUCUGGAAUGCACCACCAUGUAGUUUCAUACCCACCAACAGUAAUAUCAUUCACUGAUCAUUCCAUCUCGUGACGCUAUAUGGCCUGGGCUACUGACAGUGUCGUCAAUUAAACCAUUGAUUAAUUAAGCUAAUACUCAGCAAACGGUACUCUUCCCACUCUUCUGUGAGAAUUCAUAACACCAACUUGUAGCCCUUUAAAAUAACGGGGGAGUGCGAAGUCUAUCGAGCGACACUAGUGCUACAUAGUUAUCGACGUUACCAACGAGUUUUGGAAACUGGUUAAUCACGGAUCAUGAUGCUAAUUAACUACGUCGUCUGCUAUUAAUGGACCAAGGAGAAAGGAACCAUGUGAAGGACAAGGAUAACAACAAGAGUUGUCGUUUAAAUAUUAUAAUACAUAUGUCUUCAACGUUGGUUAAAACACACUGGUGGCGAAUUCGUCGCUGCCAGAGAAUCAUUAUAUGUAGUAAUAGAUUAAUUAAUGAAAGUAAAUCACAGGAGGGCUCAGAAAAACAAAAAAGUACUAAAAGCAUUCAACAGUAUGCUCUAUCACGCUAUAUGCAAUUUGUCAAAGGCUAUGGGAAAGUACUGGAAAAGAAAUUUCCAACUGCAAUGCAUGUUUACCGGAUAUUUAUGGUGGGGAUUAAAGACUUUUACAGGGAUAUGAAAUACUACUUUAAAAUCCACAGAAAAUUGUCAACACCAGCUAAAUUUAAGUGCCUUACUAGGAAGGAAAUUGAGCUGUAUCACCAGAUGCCGAAAGAUAUGAUUAGGGUUGCCCCUAUGCUAAUUUUGUCUACUUUACCAUUUGCAAAUUACAUCGUAUUCCCAUUAGUGUACCUGUUUCCAAGACAGCUUCUGUGUCAACAUUUCUGGACUCUGCAGCAGCGAACAGAGUUUGCUAUGGAAGGACUACGCAAACGAUUAUAUAACUAUAAACCAGUGUUCCGAUGUGUUCAAGCACAGCUCGAUACACUCAAAGGUAGAGAAGAGCAUGAACACUGGGCAUAUGUUCUUGGACUCUUGGGCAGUGGUGUCCAUCCAAAGCCAGAAGAUAUUGUCAAGUCCAUAGACCUGUUUCGUGGGGAUCCAUAUCACCUCUCCUAUCUCUACCCUGGGCAUGUGAAAGUGCUCCUACGAAUUCAUAGCAUGCACACAGGAUUACGUCGUCGUCUGAGAUUGGCUGAGCAAGCAACUAUUCUACAUGAGAUGGACAUGGCUAUUAUCAGGGAGGGGGGUAUCUCCCAGCUGUCCCAAGAGGAUCUGCGAGUGGCAUGUUUCCUUCGCGGCUUGAAUCCUGUUACAAUGAAGACAGAAGAUAUGAUCCACUGGCUGACGCAGUGGAUCUUUGUGUCCGAAGCUGUUGACACGACAUCCCUCUCACUGCUGCUUCACUGCCCAAUUCUGCUUGGAUACAAUCAACCCUCCAACUGGAUACUCAUUCAUUAAAUCUCAUCCUUCAUGAAUGUCCAUUUAGACACUUUUAAGUCUGUGAAGGAAAAUGGAUGUCAUAAUUGAUUGAUUCUAGGGCUAUUUAUGUAUCCUCUUCAAAGGAACAACUUAUUUCACUCUGUCACGUAGUGUGGUAUGGAACCGUUGGCAGUAUUAUGAAACAUUAAAUACAGUACAGGACUCUAAUCUUGAGAGCUGUGAGGAAUGCAGGAAGUCGGAACCAUUAAAGGUGCAGUAGUAGCACAGAUCGGCAACUACUACCUGAGCCAAAACAAUUGCUUUAGUUCAGUUUGGAUGAGCACUAUACAAGUCAACUGGUGGCUAACACAUUCUGAACUGAUGCUAUUCAUAGUAUGUGUUUCUGUUCCCCCCCUUGACAGUCCCUUCAUCCCUCACCUCACAAGUGUCUAGUCUACUAAUAAAAUAAUAUUGAUGCGAAUAUAUUUUUAUCCUUCACGAUUAAUUGAAUGGAGAGACUGUCACACUGUGUUAAUAAACAUUUUUGGUAAAGUGA